GCAAACACGAGGGUUGGUUAAGUGUGUUGUCGAUAAAUUAACCCUCCGGUACGGAGGCUCAACUCCACCCGAUAAUUUGCGACAUUUUCCUCUCGCUUAUAGCUCCGAGGCAGAGCAACGCCAGAGAGACUGACACUCAUACCGAGAGUGUUCCCUUCCCUUUGCUGUGUUCUCCAGUUCACCUGAAUUUCUAACCGGUAGUUUUAAACCUGAAUUCGAAGCUUUAGGCGGGAAGAAGAUGUCAGGAAAGGGCGCGAAGGGUUUGAUCAUGGGCAAGGCCUCUGCGGCCGCCAACAAGGACAAGGACAAGGACAACAAGAAGAAGCCAAUCUCUCGCUCCUCUCGUGCUGGCCUUCAGUUUCCGGUGGGUCGGAUCCACCGUCUAUUGAAGUCAAGGACUACAUCCAGUGGUAGAGUUGGUGCAACAGCUGCAGUCUACUCUGCAGCAAUCUUAGAGUAUUUGACUGCAGAGGUGUUGGAGCUGGCUGGUAAUGCAAGCAAGGAUCUGAAGGUCAAACGUAUUACUCCCAGACAUUUGCAGCUUGCAAUCCGAGGUGAUGAAGAACUUGAUACUCUGAUUAAAGGAACCAUUGCUGGUGGAGGUGUGAUCCCUCACAUCCACAAGUCACUUAUCAACAAGUCUUCCAAGGACUAGACUACCAAUGGGUUACUGCCGGCAUGCAUUUGCUGACUUUCUGUGUAGGAAUUGGUGCUUGUCCUUGGUCCUAAAAUCAGGAAUCGGUGUUCUUUUCUAUCAUGAAAUUAGAGGGGUCUGCAAUUGCGUGUUAAUUUAAAUGUUGGCCUACUUAUUCUCCUGGUUUUGAACUUUUUAUGUUUCCGACAUCUGUUGUGGAUAAUGUCAUUGUGUAUUUUUUUUUUUAAUUAUUAGGCUCACUGUUAGACAUGUUAUUGUGUAGUAUCAGCGCCUGUCUUGAAUUAGUAAGUCUUGGGUACAUUUGGAUGACAUGAAUUUGUUCCAUUGGAGCUAAUCGGUUUCACUCAA